AAUCCGCUCUUAGCCUUUUCUCUCUGAGGUCGGUUGGUGUAGAGAGAGUGAGAAACAAUGGCGUCUUUUUGCCUCUCAUCAUUAUCACCUCUUUCUUCAGCUUCAACUUCCACAAGAAUGACGGCUGCAUCAACUUCAUCAUCAUCAUCAUCAUCAAGUAAUUUUAAUCUUUGCGAACAUCUAUCAAGUGGUUAUAGAUUGAGUUCGAUAGUUUCACGCAGACAACAGCCAUUGAAAUCUCAUAGAAGAAAAUCGCAAGUUGUAUGUAUGGCUCCUGAAGAAGAAAAGAUGACUCGGAGAUCUCCUCUUGAUUUUCCAAUUGAAUGGGAAAGGCCUAGACCUGGACGAAGACCAGAUAUCUUUCCGCAGUUCAGCCCGAUGAAAACCCCUUUGCCUCCACCAUUGCCAGCAGAUCCUCCAGAAGAAGAUGAGGAAGACGAAGAAAAGAAGGAGGAAGAAGAAGGUGAAGAAGGUGAAGAAAAUGGGGAGGAAGAACCUGAAAAGCAAUCAAGGAUGCAGCAUUUUAUGAAGGAAUGGUGGCCUUGAGUUUUUAUUAACAUUUAUAUUGCUAAUCAGUUGAUCCCUUUCACCAUUUUUCAAGCGCCAGUAUGCUGCGGUAAACCCAGUUAAGCGUAGUGUUGUUAUCUGUUAUUUAAUGAUAGUUGGAAACUGUUAGGACACAGAAGCCGCCUGUUGUGAUGUUUGUGAGCUUGUAAUUUUGGGUGGUUAGUAAGGCUCCACAAAGGUGUUGUUUUUUUUCGAGUCAAUUGAGUUAAAGAAUGUUCAGUUCUGUUUUUUUGGAUUAUAUAGCCAAGUAAUAUGAGAAUUAGUAAGAAAUAAAGUCCUGUGGUCUCAUUCUGU